UCAACUCAUGAGGAGAAGAGAAUAACAAUUUUAACUUGUUGGUAAUUAAAAUGUGAAUUUUGAAAAAAAUAUGAUUCUAACUAGAGGCAUAACAAAACCAAAUAAUCCAAAGUUCUCCAAAGUCAAAUAAACUUUGAAAACCAGAUCAGAAUCAAAGUAACUGACAUGAAUAUUCAGAGACAACUACAAAAAUGCAUCCUAUGUCAUGUAUGCAGUUGCAAGAAUGCUGGGAUUAAAUUUAUUCCGCUUCAAUACACCAGUGUCAAAAAGUAUCACCUCGGUAAGAACUCCUUUUACAAGAAAAAGAGUACAACUGGUGGCAUAUUGAGUGACCCAGAAAACAAAGGAGAGAGACAACAGGGUGUAAACUUUGAUACCUUGGGAAGCUGGAACAAUCGUAUCAACAUGCCAAUUGCAGUGGAAAAAAGCAUCAAGAUGGGUAAGCUUAUUCCAGAAAUCCCACUGGAGGAAGUAGGGGUAGCUUCACACAUGGGUAGAAAGACAGUGAAUGAGGACCGAUAUAUUGUUGAGAAAAUCUCCCCUGAGAUUCUUUGUUUUGGGAUAUUUGAUGGCCACGGAGGAGAAUUGGCAUCUGAAUAUGUGUCUAAAAACUUGCCAUAUUUUAUCAAGCAUUGGUUAAGACAAACUGACGAUCUAAAUGAGGUGUUGACACAGUCUUUUCUGGACAUCAACAAUAUGCUGACUCGUCACAUAAAUUUUUACUAUAUAGGCUCCCAAUUGUACAACUGUGGUACUACAGCAACAGUUUGCCUGUUGCAUCAUGGGAUAAAGCUACAUGUUGCUCACGUAGGAGACACUAGGGCUGUGUUGUGUCGAGAGAGUCAUGCCGUCAGAUUAACAGAAGAUCACAACCCUGAUGACCCAAGGGAAAGUGAACGUAUCACUAAGAGCGGGGGAUUCAUUGUCAGCAAUAGUUUAGGUGUUCAUCAGGUUGAUGGGAGAUUGUCCAUGACAAGAAGUAUAGGAGAUAUUGAGUUAAAGAGAAAAGGAGUGAUUGCAAAACCAUCCCUAAAAACAGAAACACUAAAACAUGGAAAAGAUGGAUUUCUGAUUCUUAGUUCUGAUGGACUGAACUUUGUUCUAAAUGACAAUGAGGUUGUGGACAUAGUAGGUAUUUGUCAAAACCCCAAGGAUGCCGCCACUUUCAUCACAGAUCAAGCUCUGCAGUUUGGGACAGAAGAUAACACCACUGUUGUGGUAGUCCCACUUGGAGCCUGGGGCAAAUACAGAAAUACAACCAGAACCAUACCGUAUAGUUUUGGAAGGAAUUUGGUGGGAGGAAGAUUUGGAUAGCUAUAAUUAUAUAAUGCUCUGCAGCUGGAGAUUAUUAGUAUUUAUACGGAUUAAGAUCUGUGAAUACAAAUUUGGAUAGUUCUUUCUUUUACUUGCAUGAAUUUCAAUAGUUUCAGACAGUGUGUCUUUGUUGAAAAGGAAUGUAACACUUUAUGAAGCAGAUUAAAAUUUAAUAUCAAAACUUGUAA